UAAAGUAGUAGAAGAAGAAGAUUUGCAACCUAGCAUGUUCCGUUCCUGCUAUACAAAUUUUACACGUCUCAUAAUUCGUAAAGGUUUAAGUUUUUAAAACUACUGUCUGGGAGAAUAAACUUUCAGUAUUUUUUAUUUUUUCAUUUUAUUGUGUGUUAAAAGGAAAGCUUUGUGGACGCUGCCGUAAACGGAAGACACGAAGAAGAAAACAAGCAGCAUGGCUGUGGACAUGAGAUUACCGAAAACCAUCACGUCUCUGCCAGUUGCUUUAGUCGACAGAAAAGAUCUGGUCGUGCCUGGUGACGUUAUUACCUCAGACACUGGUUUUAUGAGGGGUCAUGGGACAUAUGUUGAUGAAGACAAGCUGACAGCUUCAGUCGCUGGAAAGGUACAGAGAGUGGACAAACUGAUAUGUGUCAGACCGCUGAAGACAAGGUUUAAUGGGGAGGUUGGAGAUGUUGUAGUUGGCAGAAUCACUGAGGUACAACAGAAACGGUGGAAGGUUGAGACCAACUCCAGAUUAGACUCUGUACUCUUGUUGUCUUCUGUCAAUCUGCCUGGAGGAGAGCUGAGAAGAAGAUCCGCAGAAGAUGAGCUCACCAUGAGAGAGUACCUUCAGGAAGGUGAUCUCAUCAGUGCAGAGGUGCAGUCAGUUUACUCAGAUGGAGCCCUUUCACUUCACACUCGUAGUUUAAAGUAUGGAAAAUUGGGUCAAGGAGUGCUGGUCCAGCUUUCACCUUCUUUGAUCAAGAGACAGAAAACCCAUUUCCACAACCUACCUUGUGGUGCAUCCGUCAUCCUGGGCAAUAACGGCUUUGUGUGGUUGUAUCCGACACCGGGACAACAGGAGGAAGAAGCUGGCGGCUUCUACACCAGUCUGGAGCCUGUUAACUUGUCAGAUCGAGAGGUGAUUUCACGGUUGAGAAACUGCCUGCUGGCUUUGGCUGCACACAAAGUGCUUCUGUACGACACGAGUGUCCUGUACUGCUACGAAUCAUCGCUUCAGCACCAGGUCAAGGACAUCUUGAAACCAGAAGUGAUGGAGGAGAUUGUGAUGUUGACACAACAGAAGUUAGAACAGGAAAGUUAAGAAGCACAAAAUCUCAUUAACAAAAAAUAUAAAUCUUCAAGGAUCUGUAUAGUAAGGCCCCUUCCCCAAGAUUUAACAGCUUUCCUGUUAUUUCUUAUUAUUCCAAUGUUCUGUUUGUGACAAUGAGGUGCUCAACUUGUUUUAUUGCAGAAAGAAAUGACGCUGCUUGCAAAGAUGCAUUCUCUUUAACUUUUAGAAAAUUUCUAACACGUUUUUCUAAUAUGUACUUAAAAAAACAUUGUCUGAAA